ACGCGCCACCGGUUUCCAGCCGGCGCGAUCACAACAGAGAAUGCAAAUGUUUGAAGCGUGUCUGCUCUCUACUUGUAUAUAUCUUCGCUGUUUUGUUGUCUAACGCUAUGCCAUCAUAAAUUGUGCGAUGGGUCGGUUAAAUCUUUUACUGUGUGUAGCGGCAAUAAGUGUGUUUUUCGUGGACUGUUCAAAACUAAAUGUACCGAGGGUGCUUCUCCCCUUGUUCAAUGAUGUAUCCACAAAUUUUACUCUUGAAGUAACGGAUGGAGGCUGUUACAAAUGGACUUUAUCUCGAGAAGAUGUCAUUCAACUAACUCCACUUAAUGUGCAAUUUGGCACUCAGUGCUCGACUCAAGUUGUGUUAUCUCCAAUCACUAAAGACAAAAAGAGAAAUACAGUGGUUGUCUUUGCGGAGGAAGUGCGUUCUAGACAAAUUAUUCCCUGUGAUGUGGAUGUCGAUGUUAUUCACUCAUUACAGAUUGUCACUCGUACUCGAGAGCUUUAUGUUGAAGAAGCUCCUCAGAGAUUUGAAGUUAGUGCUUAUGAUGAUCAAGGAAACCAAUUUACAACUCUUCUUGGUAUUGAAAUGGAUUGGGCAGUAUCUUCAGUGGGUACCAGUGGCAUUAUCAGUUUUAUGCCCUUCAAAGAAUCGCCGUAUGAUACUCCUCCCAGUGUCGCUCAUUUUGAUCAGAUUGGUAUAAGAGGGCAUAUCAUUUUACUAGAGGGCAUUAAGACUGGCACAGCUAAGGUGUCUGUGAAACUACCUCAGAAAGAAUAUAGGCACAUCAAUCCUGUAGAAGUUCAGUUAAUGGUGGUUGCCAAUUUACUCAUUGAUCCUGCAGAUGUUUAUUUAUUACCUGGUGAUUCUAUAAAAUAUCGCAUUCUACAGAUUCGCCAUGGUAGACUGCAUGAAAUUGAAUUACCAUCAAGCCAAUAUUACCUUGAAAUGGAAGAUACUGAGAUUGCCUCCAUUGACUCCUAUUCUUCUGAAGCCCAGGCCUUACAAGUUGGUCGAACUAAAAUUUCACUGAGAGACAGGAACGUUGAUCCUAAUGUUUCUGGUCUUCGUGUCCCUCAAGCAACAAUCAAUGUUGCUUUACCAGCCUUUAUUCAUCUUGUGUUAUUACCCCAUCGCCACUGGUCAGUCCUUGUAGAUGACAAACAUGUAAUUACUGUGGAAGUAUUUGAUAGGUCUAACCACAAAUUUCACAUUAAUGAUGGAAGGGUUGACGUGACUGUUCCUAGUGAACUUUUUCAUGUCGACUCCACUUCUGUCAAUGGAACUUUUAAUUCUGGUUGGGCAGUGAAGCCUGGCACAGCAAGAGUUCAAGCAGUAUUGAAAGGAGUUGUCACUCCCAGAGGUACAGAAUAUCCACUCAGAGACAAGGUAUCAACUGAAGAGGACAUGCUCAUUUAUUCUAGAAUGGAAAUUCACCCCGAGACUGUCGUGCUUCCAUGGGACCCCCGAAUUCGUUCAAGGUAUGAAGUUCCAUUGCAAUGUAAAGGAGGAGAUGGUGCCUUUAUUUGGAGUAGUUCAAAUACAUCAGUAGCAACCGUAUCGGCAUCUGGUUUGGUUCGUACAAACACUCUUGGCCAAUCAACAGUUACUGCAGUGAUGGUAAAUAAUCCUCACAAUCAGGCAACUGCGUCGGUCACUGUUCUUCCCCCAAGUCGACUGAAAAUACUAGAUUCUGGUUUGGAAGCUGAAAUUGGUUCCCCAAUACAUCUGCAAAUUGCUAUAUUUGCAAAGACUGCCUCUGAUGCAGAUGACCUUCCAUUUACGAUGUGUCAUGAUUUGCCCCUUACUGUCACAAUCUCUGAUGAUAACUUUGUUCAAAGUGAAUCAGUGGGAGGGACUCUCACUGAUGGGGCGUGUACAAUCAUCACUGUUACUGGAAAAUCUCUUGGGACAACCAAGGUUACUGUGUUGUACAGUGAGGGCGAUAUUGUUCUGGAAGACAGUGUAAUGAUCGCAGCUUUUCGGCCUCUCUCUGUUCUACACCCACCCUCAGGAGAAACUGUCCUAGCACUUGGAACAUCAAGGCAGUUAGUUUUUGUUGGUGGGCCUAGACCUUGGCCUGGAAGGGGCUCUGAGCACGGCAAAGUCAUCUCACAAGGCGAAAAUGCUAAAUCUAAAAAGGAUAUGCUAGAGAUUGGAGAGCUCCCACAUUUAUCCAUUGAUGUGCGUGAUAGAUAUGUGUACACUGUGCUCUGUCGUGUUUUAGGGGAGACUAAGGUUACCCUCACAGUUUUUAGUGAAGGCCGUUCUGGGCAGCGUAUUGAAUCAACUGCAUCUGUAAAUGUUUACUGUGCCAAACCAAGAUUUGCCCUCUUGAAAGCUCUUCUGAAAACUGAUGGACACUCUUUGUGUCCCAUGAAUGUCAAUGCUGAAAGAGUUGCUGUACAGAGCUCCAGGGACUUGGAAUUAGAACUCCAAGUUACUGAUGUUCAUGGCAGAGUAUUUGAUAAUGUGACAUCCAUUCACAUGGAGUGGUCUGCUAAUCCAAACUCUCUUAGCCUAUUUACUAGCAAAGAUGGUACAUUCUCGGAGCAUAUCCAUGAUAAUGGUUUAACUCUACCUUUGCGGAACUACCAGGUUGUCCAACCCUAUGGAGAAACAGGUGCUGUUGACAUCACAGUUCGAUUAAUUGGCUAUAGAUCUGCUGUUCUUCGUCCCAAGCAAAUCACUCCUGAGUGGCCUCCAUUUGCCAUUAAAAGUGAUAAAGGGCCUGUAACUCCUGACAUUAGAGCGACUUUAAGUUUACUCUUUGUUAGUGAUACUUUGGUUACCCCAAACCAAACUAUUUUGUUCAAUCAUCCUAGCAGUAAAUUAAUUCUACAAGUGAGUCAGGGAUCAGGAUACUUUGAACCCCAACUUGAGAGUCAAGAUGUGGCAAAUGUUCGGUAUCUAGAGCAUACUCAGACAUUGGAAAUUAGACCAAUUUCAACUGGCAUUGCUCACUUUGGUUUAGUGGACUUGUGUUUACCGUCUCGUCCUGCAACUGUAUCUAUCACUAUUGUUGGUGUGCACAGUCUAGUGGUUGAUGUUGCAGAUUACUUACAGAGAGGAAAACAAACUUUGUGCUCAGUACACAUUCUAGACACAAUGGGAAAUCCUCUUCAACUAUCAGAUCUGCGGUUGUUAGAAUUGCGCCCUCAGCUAGAAAAGAGCUCUUCAACUAUUAUAAGUGUUAAGGAGUAUGAAUCUGAUCCUGAAAUGGAUAAGCAACUUGGAAUUACAAGACCAGCUUCUCCAGGCGAAUUUCGUUUUGUAGUUCAAGGUCUUACUUUAGGAGAUGCAACAUUAUUCUUUACCACUGGUUUUGGAACCUAUGAAGUUCGCAGCCCUCCGGUAACAAUUCAGGUGUUUGAUCCUCUUCGUCUGUAUCCUCGUAAUAUGACAUUGUUGGUUGGAAGUCAAAUGACAGUAGGUGUUUCUGGAGGACCCAGCCUUGGAUUGCAACUUGAGUUUUCAGUUUCACGACCAGGCUAUGUGCAAGUUUCUGAUCUUGGAAUAGUUGAAGGGGAGAAAGUCGGCGACACCCAGUUGACAGGCCAAGCAAUUGGUGUCAGCAAAGUCACUGGGAAUAAGAUCAUUUUUUCUGAAGAUAGCAUUGAUGUCUUUGUAGUCCCUAUUACGGGUAUUCGCAUAGAGUCACCCUUGACACGUCUUAAAGUUGAUGCUAUAAUGCCCGUGUGGGCAAGUGGACUUCCAGACCCUCUUAGUCCGCUUGUACUUGGGACAACAAGGCCAGCUCUUGCCUUUGAAUGGGAUUUAUCUUCCAGAGAGGUUGCUGAAAUUACUGAUGUAUUGGUUGAAACUGGUAUGGAAGUAACAGAUGAGCAUCGCAUUUCCAUUCGCGUGAAAGCCUUAUCCCCUGGCCGAACAACACUCUCAUUAUCAGUUUUUGCUCCUCCUGCUAUGACUGGCACGGCAAAGGGUGAACUGUUCGAAGAAUCUCUUCAGUUGGAAGUGUAUGAAGAACUUCGCCUAACUCAGCCUCCAUCAAUUGUUGGGAAAGAUUUCUCUGGCUUACUUGUAGCACCGGAAACUCAGAUGCAACUUCGCUCCAAUCGAGAUGGUCUAUCAAGGGUAUAUUACAGUUUGCAGGGAUAUCCUCCUGUUGGCAGUGCAGAUAGUAACAUUCGUGAUCCAAGCACAGUUUUGACACAACAGAACUCUAUUUUAUCUCUUUCAAACAAUGGUUUAUUAACUACUCACUCAUCUACUGGGAGAGCAGCAGUUAUAGUCUCAUCUAUUGAUGAAUCUAACAUUAGGCAAACUCUAGGACUCAGUGUGGAGGUGAAACCAGUUCAUUAUAUCAUGACAACUGUGAAAUCUGCUCUCCAUAUCUCUCCUGGUAUAUCUGCGAAAGCUUUGCCUAAAGGGCUAGAGCUACAAUUAGAAAUCACUUAUCAUGACAACACUGGAUCAGUGUUUGCUGCAACACGAACUGACAUCAGUGUCAGAGCAAGUCGAGCUGAUAUUGUUCAAAUGCGGCGCCCAUCUGAUUCUGAUCAAAUUGCCAGCAACUCAACUUUCUUCUCUAACCUGGUUCAUGCAGGAGAUACUGUGCUUAAAAUUUCUGAUAACCUUACUCCGUCUCAAGCAGCAGACUACAUUAAGCUCCCAAUUGAAGAGUUUAUAUUCCCUUCGAAAUCAAGGGUAGCUGUAGGCGAUCUCAUUUGCUUUUCAAUGCCUUUGGCCUUGCCAACUGGUGAAAUGGGACAUUGGUCAUCAGACAACCCACAAAUCUUAUCUUUAGAUCAUGAUUCUGGUCUGGGCCGAGCGCGUGUACCUGGUGGACCUGUGUAUGUGAAGUACCACCUAGAUGACCAUGUGGUUUCAAGCACUGAAUUAGAAGUGGUCCCAAUUACAUCGAUGGCUUUUGUUAACAAUGUAGGAAACCCCCUAUUCAGCUCAACUGCUGCACUCGACGAAGUUUAUAGAGUGGGUUUAAUCCUAAAUGGUGAAAGUGAAGAAAGUAAAUUAAGUAAUCUCAUAGUGAAAAAUGAAGAUGUAAGCUGCAUAAAAUCUGGACCAGUCCCCUUAUCAGCUUUUCCAUUCUCUUGUGAAGCAAGAUUUAAUAGUCCAGGCAUACCUAUGCAGAUAUCGGAUGUUUUCAAAAUUCAACCUGUGUUUGAUGCUAUUUCAGGGCGUUAUGCAUGUGAGCUGAGGCCGAUUGGUAAACUGUCAUUUGAGAUCAGUCAACUCAGAACAAAUGUGACACUCCGUGCACGCGCUGCAUCCUGGGCAGGGGAGGCUGCGUCGGCGCCACUAGUAUUGCCAUUUUUGCCAUCUUUUUAUCUGGAUAGUCAUGAAGUUGUUCUCCCUGGUGGGACUCCUGGGAAGUUGGAAAUCAAAGCUGUACCAGAAGUUCUAGCUCAGAUUCAGGUUGUACCUUCUGAUGAUGGAAUGGUCUACAUAUCAAGUCCUCAGUAUGUUGGUGACCAAAGUGUUGUUUAUCAAAUAAGUCUUACCAGCAAGUUUUGGGGUAAUGCUGCUAUAAAUGAACUGAAAUAUGUCAGUGUUAUUUCUUCAUUAACUAAUCAGAAUGUUAAGAUUGCCAUUAAACUUCGAAUGGACCCCGACCAAUGGGGAGCUCCCUGUAUGGUUACUCCUGUCAGCUCCCUUGUGGAUAUUGCCUAUUCAAAUCGACACUUACUUAUCAUGGUCGCUUCAAUCAUAGUUAUAUCCCUUGGUACACUGUAUAUCUAUGUGGCUUUCAUCAAGCCCUUCUUAGUUGCUCCUCAACCAAUGUACCAAUUAGGCAAUGCUCAUAGUCACUCUCCAGGCUUUCAAACUUAUUUGUCUCCAAGGUCGAACUUUUCACCUAAUGAUGUUUCUUUUCAACGCUCCAGUCCCUUGAAUGAAACGCCUGUGUAUGGUGAUCCCCGAUUAUUAUAUAGCUCACCCCGUCACCGAAACCUUUCUCCUGACUUUUAAGGUUACAGGGGUUUGCAUUUGUUGUCUAGUCCUCAUAUCAUUACCAUAUUUUCUGAUUAAUAGGACUGAAGAUUAGGGGAACUAUUUCAAAACUUUUUAUAGCUUUCAAUUCGAGCAUAGAAAAUUUUCUCCAGAAAUUACCCUGAAUAGUCUAAUCUAAUUUCUUUGGCAUGAAAUAGAAGUAUGUUGUAUGUAAAGGGGAAAAAAAUGCUGAACUUAUACGUUAAUUUAAAUUUCUUAGUUAAAACUUCCUAUUUAUAACUGCCUUAGGGUAGCACUGUAUGUGACUCAAAUAAAGAGGGCCAGUUACAUUUUCGUGUUCUCCAGUAUCCUAAAAUCUUUAUAGCUCAUUGUGAUACUAAUGAUGUUGUAUUCUAUUUUUUUAUCAUAACAAUCCAGCAAGUUUGUUUCUUUUUCCAUUAUUUUAUUGUAAUGAGAAUCAGUUCUUUGUUUUCUUUAAGACUAUUUUGGGGGGGGGGGGGUUAAUAUCUUAAAAAGUGUUAAAAGUUUUAAUUAUGAAAAUUGUGAAUUUUCUGUUCUUUGGUGUGUAUUUGUACAGAAGGUAUAAUUAUAAAUUUGGUUUCCUUUACACAUAUUACUACAGUAUGUAUUUAGUUCUUUGUAAAUUGAAUAAUUUUAUAUUCUGUGCCACUUCCUCACUCUUUACUGAUGGCUGUUACCAUUAAUUGUCUCUGUACCGACAUUUUUGUACCUUAAUACUAGUAAUUGUUCUAAUAGAGCUUUUGUGUGUAUAAAAAUGUUCAGCAAUUUUUGAGAACGAGAGCAGCUCUUCAGUUACGUAGUCUUACAGAACAAGAUAGACUGUAUUUUAUUUUCUUGUAUGAAAGGAUAAAUGAUUAAUAGGCUGUCAAUUUUGUUUUUCUAAUAACCAUAUGUGUACUGUGUGUGUGUUUAUUAUUAGUGAUAUUUGUCAACUUGAUGCUCUCAAUUCUUAAUGAAGAAUGAGUGUGUACCACUCUGGGUGUAUGUAGGUGUGUGUGUGAUACUUUUAUUAUGUUAAAUGUGUUACACUUAUUCAAGGUGUGAUAAUAGUGAUGCAGUGCAACUUAAUGAAAAAUGUCAAAACGAAUCAGCAACUCAAUGUACUUACAGUCAUGUUUUUUUUUUACCAUGUAUUUUGUUUCUUAGGUAGUUUUUGGAAGAUUUGUCCUUGCUUGAAAUCUCAUCAUAAUGUCAAUAAAUGAAAAAUUGGCUUUCCACCUUAA